AGAACACUAGCUACCCCUCUUCUUCCAACAGCCAACCCACAAACGAAUCAUUUUGGUCCAAAUCAUUAGUUUUUUCAGCUUGCGGCUUUUAUCUUUUUCAUCGGUCGAAUUAAAUUCUUCAAUAAAGUACGCCACUUACGUUACGCGUGACGAAUCCCACCGUUUGGCGCAUAAGAAUGUGGACCCGCCGGGGUAAGGAAAGUGGCUGGAUUUCGCUGGUUCUGUGGCUGUGCAGUCUAGUGAUAGUGGUACUAACGGAACUGCCCCGACCGCGGGGUGUUUCCAUCUCGCGUGCUAGUCUGUACCCAGCCAACGCUGGAGGAAAAUUUGUGUGCCUCGAUGGCAAGAAAACGAUUCAGUGGGAGCAGGUUAAUGACGAUUACUGUGAUUGUGAGGAUGGGAGCGAUGAACCGGGUACCGCUGCCUGCCCGGAUGGUGUAUUCCACUGCACAAAUGCGGGCUAUAAACCACUGAACUUACCAAGCAGCCGGGUAAAUGAUGGAAUAUGUGACUGCUGCGAUGCCUCCGAUGAGUACGCGUCGAAAGCCACUUGCGUCAAUGUCUGCAGUGAGCUCGGCAAAGAGGAUCGUCUACGGGAAAAGCAACGCGCCGAAAUGGCCAAGAUGGGUCACCAGUUACGGACAGAGAUGAGCCAGAGGGGGAAGGCUAUGAAGGAAGAACAACGUCUGCGUCUCACGGAGUUGGAGAAAGCUAAGGUCGAGGCGGAAGCCCUUCGCAACGAGAAGUCCACCAUCCGAGACGAAGCCGAAGCGCUGGAAAAUGCGGCUCUCAAGGUCUACCGAGAUCGUGAGGAGGAUGCCCGCAAGGCGAAACUGGAUACGGAAGCGAUGAACAAUCGUGAGGAGGCGGAAAAUACUUUCCGCAAGUACGACUCGAAUCAGAACCAGCUGCUGGAAGUCGUUGAACUGCAAACGCGAAUCGUUUUCGACAAAAAUCGGGACGGAGAGGUCACCGUCGAUGAGGCUAGAUUCUUCCUGGACGAACACGACCAGGUCGACUUCGAGACAUUUGUUACGCUGUGCUGGCCCAAAAUCAAGCCAUUUCUGAUGCUGGAUUCGGGACUAUUCAAACCUCCCAGUGACUUGGACGAGUUAGAGAAGGAAGAACAUGAGCCGGAACAGUACGAACCAGCGGAGGAAACUAAACUGCUCGGGGAGCAAGAGCAAGGCUACAGUUUGGAGGGUAGUGAGCCAAAUCUGCACUACCAGACAGAAGAGGAAAAUGGUGAGCUUGAGCAGGAAGAAGAAGAAGAUGAAGAGGAAUUGGACGAUCAAGAGCAAGAAGUCGGUAAUGGUCAGGUUGAGAAGGUAGAGGAACCAAAGGUAGAAUACGAUCCGGAAACUCAAGAGCUGAUACGAAAAGCAAACGAUGCUAGGAACCAAUACUCGGAAGCCGAUCGUCAUGUUCGCGAAAUUGAGGCAGAAAUGAAGAAUAUCGAAGAAUUACUGAACAAGGAUUACGGAAAUGACGAGGAGUUCGCUCCGCUGAAUGGGGAGUGCCUCAGUUAUGAGGAUCGCGAGUAUGUCUACAAACUGUGUCCUUUCGAUAAGGCUACUCAACAACCGAAACAUGGUGGGGCAGAAACUAGAUUGGGUACUUGGGAGAAAUGGGACAACAGCGAGUAUACUGCCAUGAAAUACGCCAACGGCGCCACCUGCUGGAACGGUCCGGCCCGUUCUGUUCUCGUUCAUCUAGAGUGUGGUUUGGAUUCAAGAAUUACGUCUGUAGCGGAGCCCAAUCGAUGCGAGUACGAGUACCGCGUCCAAACACCAGCCGCUUGUCUAUUCAAGGAGAAUGGCAACAAGGACCAUCAGCAUGAUGAGCUUUAAGCGAUUAGAAUAGAAAACAAUUUCUCGCAAAAAAAACCGAAAAUUGAUUUAUUUCAUCAACAAAAUUGAAACAGCGAAUAAAUCACAGAGCAGGUGGUAGUUGAGGAUCGAUGUAUAAUUCAUUAGUAUUCUUUUUUUUUCAUUUCACGAGCAUAGUGAGGAGCCUACAUUGUGCAUAGGUGUAUUAAUUGGUUGAUUAAAUUUUAGCAGAAAUAUUUGAAGUACUGAUAGCAACAGCAAUUCGUCUCAGGAAGGUGGAAAAGCGUGCAAAGAUGUAAUUUUAGUUCACCAUAAUUUUGGAUACACAUUCCUUCGUAUUAUCUGGUUUAGUGGUAAAUGGAGCCGGAGGUGUCCAUCACUGCUGUGAGUAAAAGGAUUGGAAAAAUGAGAAUGGUUUGGCUUCUCGCGCUAUCGUCUACUUUCUGGUGUGAUUUUUAUAUCCGAAAUGUUGAACUGAAUGCGAAUAGAAUAAAAUACAAUCGUACAA